AUGCUACUUCAUUCGCAGACAACUGUGAGGCUAGAGGAUAGUCAGACCCAGGCCCCCGGCUCCCAAUGUGGCAGGGAAGACAUACGUCACAUUGGCAGUGUUUGUAGGAUAUCGGGCUGUAGGGAUCCGGUUGGGGGGUUCCAGGUCCCACAGAAGGUCCCUGAAGACUUCAUCUCCCGAGAGCUGUUUGACACAGUCCAAGUGUAUAUCAUCACCAAGCCAGAGCUGCAAAACAAGCUUAUCACUGUCACAGCUAUGGAAAAGAAGCUGAUCGGCUGUCCUGUGUGCAUCGAACACAAGAAGUACAGCCGCAAUGCUCUCCUCUUCAACCUGGGCUUCGUGUGUGAUGCCCAGGCCAAGACCUGCGCCCUCGAGCCCAUUGUUAAAAAGCUGGCUGGCUAUCUGACCACACUAGAGCUAGAGAGCAGCUUCGUGUCCACGGAGGAGAGCAAGCAGAAGUUGGUGCCCAUCAUGACCAUCUUGCUGGAGGAGCUAAAUGCCUCAGGCCGGUGCACUCUGCCCAUUGAUGAGUCCAACACCAUCCACUUGAAGGUGAUUGAGCAGCGGCCAGACCCUCCGGUGGCCCAGGAGUAUGAUGUACCUGUCUUUACCAAAGACAAGGAGGAUUUCUUCAACUCACAGUGGGACCUCACUACACAACAAAUCCUGCCCUACAUUGAUGGGUUCCGCCACAUCCAGAAGAUUUCAGCAGAGGCAGAUGUGGAGCUCAACCUGGUGCGCAUUGCUAUCCAGAACCUGCUGUACUACGGCGUUGUGACACUGGUGUCCAUCCUCCAGUACUCCAAUGUAUACUGCCCAACGCCCAAGGUCCAGGACCUGGUAGAUGACAAGUCCCUGCAGGAGGCAUGUCUAUCCUACGUGACCAAGCAAGGGCACAAGAGGGCCAGUCUCCGGGAUGUGUUCCAGCUAUACUGCAGCCUGAGCCCUGGCACUACCGUGCGAGACCUCAUUGGCCGCCACCCCCAGCAGCUGCAGCAUGUUGAUGAACGGAAGCUGAUCCAGUUCGGGCUUAUGAAGAACCUCAUCAGGCGACUACAGAAGUAUCCUGUGCGGGUGACUCGGGAAGAGCAGAGCCACCCUGCCCGGCUUUAUACAGGCUGCCACAGCUAUGACGAGAUCUGCUGCAAGACAGGCAUGAGCUACCAUGAGCUGGAUGAGCGGCUUGAAAAUGACCCCAACAUCAUCAUCUGCUGGAAGUGAGGCUGGUAGUGACUGGAUGGACACAUUGCUGUGGGUAGUCCCUCCUACUAGGAGGCUUGUCAUACUGUCUAGAGGUUGACUCUUAGUUCUGUAAAUAAAGACAUCCAUUUCAAACAGC